AUGUACAGCGGCGGCCGGGGCUAUCGCGGGUCAUGGACCGCCUGGAGCGACCCGACCCCCUCGGCCAGCUUCUACGCAGGAUCGUCAUGGCCUGUUCAGGCACCAACAGGCGUCACAACCCGCAGUCCCCCGCCGGCCGCGGCGACGGCGGCGCCUCAGGGUCCAGCGGUGGUAGACUUACCAUCCGAGCAAUACGUGCCCAUGUCCCCUCGCCCUGACUACGGCAGCGUCAUCAGCAACCCCGUCAUUCCCCUCUAUCCGGACUCACCCACGUACUCUCCAGCUUCGCCCACCAUGGGCCGUACGGGCUCGCCUAUCCCGUACCAUCCAGCUUCACCCGACCUGACCCGUUUGGGCUCGCCUCUCCCGUACCGUCCGGCUUCGCCCAACCUGGCCCGUCCUGACUCGCCUAUCCCGUUCUGUCCGGCUUCACCCACUCCCAUGAGAAGCCCCAAGCGGCGGCAUUCCGUGAUCGACGUCAACGAAGUUGAUGCAGGCCUUGACGGGAUCCCUCUCAGGGCCAACACUGUCCGAAAAACUACCUUUGUGGAAGCUGUCUCGGAGGAGGUCCCUCCGCUCAAGAGGCAGCGAAGCUUGUCCCAAGAGUCCCACGAGUACUGCAUUGUCAACAACUUGUCCGACGACGAUGAUGAAGGGGACGAGGAAGACGAAGACGAAGACGAGGGCAGAGACAAGGAGGAGGUGCGACGGCUCAAAUUGCACGCGGGACACACUCCUCGUUCGCCUCCAGUGCGCCACAGCCAGGGCAGCCCAACCCCGAUUGCCCCUUCUUCCCCGCCGGAUCACGGGAUGGCCAUUCCCGACGAAAUGGCAACGGUGCCGCCUGACUCUACCACCUCGGAGGGUUCGGGCGACGUGCCUCUCAAGGGCCCGCUGAUGAUCCGGAACAAUCCUCUUCAUGACGAAAGCUUCCUGGCCGCUCUGCACGAGAAACUCAACCCCAUCAGCCGGGGAGUUGAUGCCCUCCCCAGGGCGGUGCAGUCUCCCAUCGAAAUGCCGGCACCGCUGUCAGCUGCGCGAGGUGAGCAUAUCGGCAUUGGCCGCUCGGAUUCCGAUCACGUCCCGCAUCCUGAGAGCACGGAUCGCUCGAAUCUUGUGUCCACUGAAGGCAAGGAAAGUGAAGAUGACGGUGACCACAGCGACGAUUUUGAAAGCGCGGAGCCUGACGUUCCACUCAAGUUCAAGUCUACGAGCAACUUUGGGCAGCCCUUUGGGAGGAUGUAG